AUGAAUCACACUCCACCUCACAAUCCCAACCCAAACCCGAACAAUCAAGAUGCCAAUACCCCACCCCAACAACCAAUACAACAACACCAAGAACCUCUCAUUGAUAUGCCACUUUGGAAUCAAUCCCCUCCUCAAAACCAACCCAAUUAUCAACCACGAAACCAAAACUUCCACCAAAACAACCAACCUAAAAACAAUGCUUUUCAAGUUCAACAACAAGUACAUUACCCAAAUCCACCUAAUUACCAACAUCCUCCAAUGUACCAAAACCCAAUGUACCCACAACAACAACCUCCUUACAACCAAUACCCUAAAUACCAACCUUAUCCACCACCAAUCUACAAUCCCCAACAAUACCCAUAUCCACCUUACCAACAACCUCCCAAUUACAUGCAACAAUAUCCCAAUCAACCCUUUCCACCCAAUCCCCCUCAAGAGUUGACAGUUAGACAAAUGAUGGAGACGGAUGUUACUCACACACCCCUUGUCAAACCCAAUUUCAACAAGAGACCAAGAACACCUUCUCCAACAUUCAAGCACAAAUUGGAGACUUGGCCAUCGCUCUCAAUAAGAUGGAACAAAGGGGUAAACUUCCAUCUCAAUCCGAAGAACCCCAAUGUGAGUGCAAUAACUUUGCGAAGUGGGAAAACACUUGGAGAAAGAAACCCUAAAAGAGUUUCAAGAGAAGAAGAAGAUGAAGUCAUCAUUUUUGAACCUUCAAAAGUUGUAGCUCCGCUAAAGGAACCGGUUGUGCCAAAUGUUGAUCAACGCGACUCUUCCAACAAGAACGUCAAGCCAUUGGUCAUACCACCACCUUUCCCAUCCCGAUUAGCUUCAUCGAAGAAAAAGGAAGACGAUAAGGAAUUUCUUGAAACCUUCCGCAAGGUCCAAAUGAACAUUUCCCUAUUGGAUGCCAUCAAGCAAAUUCCACGCUAUGCCAAAUUCCUUAAGGAUUUAUGCACCAAUAAGAGGACAUUUAAGGCGAAUAAAAAGAUUCAAGUUAAUGAAAAUGUGUCCGCGGUUAUCCAAAAGAAGUUACCACCCAAAUGCAAGGACCUGGGAAUGUUUGCUAUUCCAUUCACAAUUGGUGAUUUACACGUUGAAAGUGCAAUGCUAGAUCUUGGUGCCUCAAUAAAUGUGAUGCCUUACUCAAGUGAUAGUUCAAUUAGCAGAAAAGUCAAGUGUAUUUCCAAGGGGCAUGUUGGAAGAUUUACUAGUGAAGUCAAUCAACUAGUAUUUCCCGCAGACUUCUGUGUCAUUGACCUUGAAGAGAAGAAUCCGUCCAAGUCAUCUAUGAUUCUUCUUGGAAGACCCUUCAUGAAUACCGCUCACACGAUCAUUGAUGUCCAUAAUGGGAAAAUCACCAUGGAGUUCGAUGGAGAGACCAUUCACUUCAACAUCUUUGAAGCAAUGAGAUAUCCUAGAAAUAUUUCUCCAUUGUAUCGGGUCGAUAUGAUUGAACCAAUCACCCAACAACUAUUCGAGUUAUCAUAUGGAGAUAUUUUGAAGAUGGUGCUCAACUUGAGUCUUGAUUGUGAAAGUUUGUAG